AUGCGCCCAGACUUGACCUUUGGCCCGCCGGGCGACGAGUGGCACUACGAGCGACCAUCGCGAACCUAUGAUCUCACCAGGGGCCGGUCCCCGACCUGGACCGUCCGCACGAGCCAAGGGCCCGAGGAGACGUCCAUCUCCGUGGCAGCCCACAGCACGGCUCUCGUCAUUGUCGAUACGCAGAACUACUUCCUGCACCCGAAGUGUCGAGACCACCCGGCCGGUCUGGCCGCGGUGGAGAGGAUCGAGAAGGUCAUUGAGAAAUGCCGCGAAUUAGGUGUCCAGGUAAUCUGGCUAAAUUGGGGCCUGACCGACGGCGACCUCGCGGCAAUGCCCGCCAGCGUCCAACGCGGCUUCUCUCGGUCGCUCAUCCUUGGGGAGUCGGACGACAAGGUGGUCCGCCUCGGCCUCGGCGGGGACCUGGGCGACGGCCAGGGGCGGUGCCUUGUCGCCGGGGAGUGGAACGCCGACAUCUACGAGCCGCUGAAGCGGAGCGCCCGCCCGGAGGACGUGCGCUGCAACAAGAACCGCAUGUCAGGCCUGUGGAGCCGGGAACAGCCGCUGCGGAGGUACCUGGAGCGGUCCGGGGCCGCCGCCGAGGGGGGCAAGCGCACGCUGCUCUUCGCCGGCGUCAACACGGACCAGUGCGUCCUGAGCACGCUGACGGAUGCCUACAACGCCGGGUGGGACUGCGUCAUGAUCGAGGACUGCUGCGCGACCAAGUCGCCCGGCGCCCAGGAGGUAUGUCUGUACAAUGUUGCCGGCUCGUACGGCUUUGUCAUCUCUAGCGAGGCCUUUCUCGCGGGGAGAGUCUCGUAA